CCCGAUCAAAAGAAGAUUCAAAUUCUUUGUACCAAGGAAUAAUCUCUACCCCAAGAGUCAACUUCAAUCUUCAUAUAUACAAUUUUUAACUUCUGGGGCGCAAUGCAUGAGGGCCCUUAAUUUCCUUCACUAUAUAUAGAACCAAGUUGGUGUGAUCGAAUACCAGAUCGAAGCCGAACGAUGAAGACGAAGAAGAGGGUUCUGGUAGCAGUGGCUGCUUUGUGCUUGUUCUUCAUCGUAUUCCAGAUCAGUGUCUCAUCGACCUCCAGAUUUCUUAAUAAUGCAGCAUUUCCAGCUAAGACUCAAGAAACAACUCGUGUGGAAUCAAAGCUGAUUAGUAAACAACUCCAUCACCCACCGGAGUCUUUGGAACUUCGUUUGGAGAGUCCGAUCAUCUGUGACCGAACCUCUAUACGUUAUGAUCUCUGCUCAAUCAACGGCCCAACAGUUUUGGAUCCGACCACAUCGACUUUCUUCACUAUGAACUCUACCGAACCACCAUUGGUAGAGAGAAUCAGACCCUAUCCUCGAAAAUUCGAAGACCUCAUAAUGGCUGAUAUCAAGAACUUCACACUCACUGCCGGACCACGAAUCCCAAUGUGUAGAGUUCAACACAAUGCUCCUGCGCUAGUAUUCACCGCCGGUGGAUACACCGGAAACUUUUGGCAUGACUUCAACGAUGGAUUCAUCCCUCUCUUUAUCACCGCCAACACCAUAUUCCUAGAUCAAGACUUCGUCAUUGUGGUUUCCGAAGCUCCCAAGUGGUGGCCUAGUAAGUAUGCCGAUUUGCUACGCAUGUUCACCAAUCAUCCUAUUGUUAACCUAGGAAGUGAUACCACCACCCAUUGUUUUCCUUCUGCCAAGCUAGGCCUUAUAUCACAUGGCUUCAUGAUCAUAAACCAAACAUUAAUACCCAACUCAAAGACAUACAUGAAUUUUCGUGGGCUCCUUGGCAAAGCCUAUAACCAACUAGCCCAAAUCCAAACCAAAAUUUUCACCUCUAAGCCCACAAAUCCUCGGCCCAGACUUGUUUUGGCGAGCCGACGUCAUGCCACUGGACGCACGAUCAUGAACCAAGCCCAAGUUAUUCGUUUGAUCAAGAAAGUAGGUUUUGAUGUGGUGGUGUUUGAGCCUAAAACCAAAACCUCAUUGCUAGAAUCUUAUGCAUUACUGAAUUCAAGCCAUGCUUUUGUUGGGGUUCAUGGAGCUGCACUUACGCACUCAUUGUUCCUCCGGCCGGGUGCGGUGUUCGUGCAGGUGGUGCCAAUAGGAAUAGGCUGGGCGGCGGAAGCGUUUUUCGGGAGAGUAGCAAAAGGGUUGAAUUUGGAGUAUAUUGAGUACAAAAUUGGUGUGGAAGAGAGUAGCUUGGUGGACAAGUAUGGGAAGGACAGUUUGUUGAUUAGGGAUCCAUUUGCUCUUCAAAAAAGGGGCUGGCCCCCGGAGGUUAUGAACACUUACUUGAAAGAACAGAAUGUGAAACUGGAUUUGGUUAGGUUCAAGAGAUAUUUGAAGAAAGCUUUUAAGAAAGCUGAGAGAUUUAUGGACAAUGAGGGCUAAUGAGUUUGGUACAUAAAUUUGCAUUGGAAUAAGAGAAACAAAUAGGACUAAUUGAGGUUUAGUGGGAAAAGGAGUGCAUGCACAUGCUUUAUAGUUUUGCACUAUGUGUUUAUUUUCGUCGGAUAAUUCAUCAUAGUUUUGCACUAUUUUUCAAAUUUAU